AUGCUGUUGCUUUUGCUCCUUGAGCUCUGCCAAGCGAAUCCGCCGGGAACAAAGAGAGACAAUGAGGGUCCUGCUGAUGUGUGCAUAUCGACUGUUUGUCAUCCUCAUUCCUCCUGUUACGUUUAUUGGUUCGUAAUCCAUAACCACGAUGAGUUUUAUAGAGAUUUCUGUAUUUGUGACUUGGGAUGGAAACUCCAAGUGACUGCGCAGGGAGUGUUUUCCUGCGUCAAUAUUGAUGAAUGCGCUGAAGGUACCCAUGACUGCCACUGUGGAAGCACAUGCGUGGACGAAGAAGGGACAUACUCGUGUCAAUGCGAACCGGGUUAUGUUUACGCUAAUGUAGAAACAGAAAGAGAAGAGCAACAAUGCAUCGAUAUUGAUGAAUGUACUCUCGAAACAGAUGAAUGUGACGUGAAUUCUGUGUGCUCCAAUACAAUAGGUAGUUACACAUGUGAGUGUAAUCUUGGAUGGAUCACGAUUGACGGCUUGAAUUGCGAGGAUAUUAACGAGUGCACCUCACUUGAUCUUCCGCAUAAUUGUCAUGCUGAUGCGAUCUGUACGAACACCCCGGGAAGUUUUUCGUGCUCUUGUAAAGAAGGCUAUGAAGGUGAUGGCGUUACUGAUUGUGCAAAUAUCAAUGAGUGUGUGGUCGACGCUCCUUGCAGCAAACAGGCGGACUGUACUGACAAUCCCGGAUCAUACGACUGUGAAUGCUGGGAUGGAUUCAACGACGUCAACGGAGAUGGAUUGAUUUGCAAUGACACCGACGAGUGUGCCAUCAAUGACUUUGAUUGUCCAACACAUGCUUCAUGCAGCAACACGUUUGGAGCCUACGAAUGUUUUUGUAAUAUUGGAUACGAAUUCAACAUAGCAGGAGAUGACUGUAUCAACAUCGACGAAUGCGCUCGAUCUUUGGAUGACUGUCACAUAGACGCAACCUGUUCCGACAACGCUGGAAAUAAUGCCAAUGCGGCAAGGGGAACUGACUGUGUAGAUUUUGAUGAGUGUAGCAUGGCCAGAACGAAUGCAUUUAAUUGUAGUGAGAACGCUGCUUGUGUCAACACUUUUGGCAGCUACACUUGCGAGUGUAAUCUUGGUUUCGAAAUGUCUGCAGACAAUUACAACUGUUUAAAUAUCAAUGAGUGCGAACUUGGUGUUUCCAUCCAUCAAUGUGAUGUCAACGCUAUCUGUACAGACUUGAUUCCCCUAUGGAGCUGCACUUGCAAUAUUGGAUUCAGAGGAAAUGGAACUGUCGGCCAGUGCGUCAACAUUGAUGAGUGUUCCGAAAACUCCCAUAGUUGCUCAAGUAAUGCGAGCUGCGAAGACUCGAUCGGAUCGUUUUCUUGCCAAUGUAAUACUGGCUACACUGAUGAUGUCAGCUCGCCGGAAGCUGGAUGGGUUUGCGUUGAUGUCGAUGAAUGCGCUGCUCCGGAAAACACAAUUUGCGAUUAUGACAAUUGGGCCUUCUGCUUUAAUACUGAUGGAUCUUACGAAUGCCAUUGUCCCGGAGGAAAUCCUAGCGGAAUGUUCGGAGGCGGUGUUCCAGAAGAUCCUUGCUAUUGUGGUGUAAACGAAGAGUAUUCAUUGUGCUCAGAGAGCUGUCACCCUCUUUGCCAAGAUGACGUGCCGCUUUGCGAAAACGCCUGUGUUCCUGGUUGCAAUUGUCUCGAAGGUUUUGUCCGAAGUUCAGAAUCAGCCAAUGCCGAAUGUGUCAGAUCAGAAACUUGUCACGAUUUCAAUGUUGCCGAAUGUAAAGAAAACGAAAUUCCAACGAAAUGCUACAACGAUGGUUUUGAGACUUGCGAAUCUGUCAGACUUGGUGAAUUACGAAUGCAGAAUAGCGAAUGGUGUUCUGGAGGUUGUGUCUGCGAAGAAAACUUUGUCCGAUUGAAUGCAGAUUUACAGAGUCCUUGUGUUCCGCGACAGGAUUGCUUUGACGUGUACACAACUUGGGAGAAAGCGGAUCUUGUCUAUAUUUUUGAAAAAACAGCACCGAGCUUUGACUUUGAAAAUCCCUAUACUUGGCGAGAUCUGAUGUUCAGGUUAAGAAAUGAUGAGCAUUUUUCUCACAUCGGGGUCAUCGAAAUACGCCAAAAGGAAAUCUCCUAUUUCGAUGAAAAGCAUAAUUUUAUUGUGAAAGAAAUAUACAUCGCGCAGCUUCAUAUUGUGGCUCCAACAAUAAGAUCUUUGAUGUUCAGCUUCUUUUCUGCCGCUGAAGAGGCCGGAAUAAGCGGCUACGACUUUGCAAUGGACUGGGAUCGGGACUUCGAAGAAAUCAUUGAAGAAAAUGAUUUUGAGUUGCCAUGCUACAAUCGGGAAUGUCUGAUUGAAACUCUCGCUUGUCAUCCAGAAUUCGAAGAGGUUGGUUGUCCAGAUGACGUUGGACCCACGUGCAACGAUACAUACACUGAGAUUUUAGACGAGCAAAUAAACACAUGGAAUGAAUUUUCCGGAGGAGCAAGAAUUUCUCAGGACUGUGCAGAUAAAGACCUCCAGUGCGUCUGUAAAGACGGUUUUUAUAGGGAAAACGAUGACCCAUUUUCACGAUGCGUCCCGCUUUCCAGUUGCAUGGGCGGCUGUCCUCGCCACGCCCGAUUCAUUGACAAGAUGGAUUACUGUGUUCCGACAUGUGAUGAUCCAGAUGGAUCCAAAUGCGUUGCUCAAGCUACUCAAUUGAUCUCAAAUUUCGAGCAGAUUUCUGAUCAACUGAUGAUUCCUGGCUGCGUCUGUCGAUCUGGAUAUCUUAAAAAAGAUCGAAACCCGUUCGCAGAGUGCAUUGAAGAAAAAGAAUGUAUUCGAGUCGAGCCAGAAUGCGGCGAGAACUCUUCAUGGAGCUGGGAAGCCCCAGGCUGUUUCAAGAGCUGUAAGCAUCCAUACGAACUCGAAUUGGACUUGCCUUGUCAUUCGAGGACAUUGGAAAUGUGCGUCUGUGAUGAUGGAUACGUCAAAGAAACCAGAAAGAAGGAAUCUGCGUGUAUUCCGAUAGAAGAAUGUUUCCAUUGCAAAGAAACAGAGGUUUUCAAGACUUGCAAGGACACCUGCUUUCACGAUUGCCACACAACGGCUUUCAAUAAUUUCGAGAGUAAGAUUUGCAUCGAAGAUGACAAGUGCAAACCAGGCUGCCAGUGUGCUCUCGGCUACAUCUACCGCUCGGGCAAAACAGUUGUCGACGGCAACGGUGGCGAAUGCAUUCCUAUCAAUGAAUGUCCCCUUCCUAAAACGGCAACUCUUGAUUUCAUCAGUCAGGAAAACGAUCUUCCUGAUUAUGUCGACUUGGAGAAUCCGUCGUCUUGGGCCGGAUUUUUAGAUCGAUUCGAUAUUGAAGAAGAGCUAGAAAUUCUUAAUAUGAAGGAAGUUCAGGCUGCAUCGGGAUUGAGCCUUGAAAACUACGGCCGAUUUAUAUUGGCAACUGAGAAUGAAUUCAUGCGAUCUGUCACCUACAUGAUCGUCGUCCAGGCUAUCGUGAGAACCGAAAAUGACAAAAUUGAUCCAAUUGCAAGCAAAAUUGCAAUUAUUGAGUCCAAAUUAGAAGCGUACGGUGGUGCUACUGGCUCUCAAAUAAUUAAGUCAUCCGACAGUGGAUUCGACGAGCUCAUUGAAGCGCUCAAAGUCACUGUUCCGCCUGCACCAGCGCCGACAGCGCCGCCAAUGCCAGCGCGGUGCACUGGUAAUCAGACUUAUGACGAGAACCUUGAAGGCGACUUUAUCUGGCCAGGAAUGUACAUAAAUCGGGUGAAUAGAGGCCGGGGGAAUUCUACUCAUCAAUAUUGGCAUCCGUCUUUCAAUGGAGAGGUCUAUCACGACGAAGGCGACCAGUUAAGAAUGGCAUGUAAAAAGGGAUAUAGAAACUCGAUAGGAAAGCCGUUUGUUGGAGCGAAAUGUGUUUGUGCUGUUAAUCGCUGCGAUUGGGUUCUUGCCAGACCGACACGAUGUAUUCCGAGCAGGGCGGUAUAA